AUGGCCUCGACGAGCGGAACUAGCGAUGGGUCGAGGCGUACGAUCCUCACCGUAGCGUUCGUGCUGCUGCAACUGUUCCGACCCGGUGCUGGUGAUUACGAGAACACGUGGAAUUUCUACUACGAGCAGCCGUGCUGCGGCAGUGGACAGUCGAACGUCGGAGGGAUCGGUUUUAAUGGGCAGCAUCAUCUACGACAUCACAGAGAUCAUGUCCGAGAGUUUCAGUGUGGGAAGUUUUACUACAGAAAUUUUUACCUGGACGAGGAACGGGAUGCUCUCUACGUGGGUGCAAUGGAUCGUGUGUUUAAGCUGAACUUGAAAAAUGUCAGCAUGACAUCAUGUGAGCGUGACACCAUCGUACUGGAUCCGACCAGCUCGGACAUACGGAACUGUGUCUCCAAAGGCAAAAGCGAGAUGUUCGAUUGCAAAAACCAUAUUCGAGUAAUACAACCCAUGGACAGUGGUAACCGAUUGUACAUCUGUGGCACGAAUGCACACAACCCGAAGGAUCUGGUGAUCUAUUCAAAUUUAACGCAUCUGCCGCGUUCUGAGUAUGUGCCCGGGAUUGGGUUGGGAAUAGCAAAAUGUCCCUACGAUCCGUAUGACAACUCGACCGCCAUCUACGUGGAACAAGGAAAUCCGGGCGAUUUGCCCGCAUUGUACUCCGGCACGAACGCCGAAUUCACCAAGGCCGACACGGUGAUAUUCCGCACCGAUCUGUACAACAUGACAACUGGCAAGAAGGUGUUUAACUUCAAGCGUACCCUGAAAUACGACUCCAAGUGGCUUGAUAAGCCCAACUUUGUCGGUUCGUUCGACAUCGGUGAGCACGUGUACUUCUUCUUCCGGGAGACGGCGGUCGAGUACAUCAACUGCGGUAAGGCGGUCUACUCGCGUGUGGCACGCGUCUGCAAGAAGGACACCGGUGGCAAGAACAUCCUCAACCAGAACUGGGCGACAUACUUGAAGGCGCGCAUCAACUGUAGCAUCUCGGGCGAGUUUCCGUUCUACUUCAACGAGAUCCAGGACGUGUACCAGCUGCCCACGGACAAGACCAAGUUCUACGCCACCUUCACGACCAGCACGAACGGUUUGGUCGGGUCGGCCGUCUGUAGCUUUGACAUCAAUGAAAUACAUGGCGCAUUCGCUGGAAAAUUCAAGGAGCAGGCCUCAUCCAACUCGGCCUGGCUGCCGGUACUGAAUUCAAAGAUUCCCGAACCCCGGCCGGGCACAUGCGUCAACGAUACGUCCACCCUGCCCGACUCGGUGCUCAACUUUAUCCGGUCCCACCCACUGAUGGACAAGGCGGUCAACCACGAGCACAACAAUCCGGUCUACUACAAGCGCGAUCUCGUCUUCACCAAGCUGGUCGUUGACAAGAUUAAAAUUGAGAUCCUUAGCCAAGAGUACACGGUGUUCUACAUUGGCACGAAUGCGGGCCGUAUCUACAAGAUCGUGCAGUACCUACGCAACGGUGAAUCGAAAUCAAAACUGUUGGACAUUUUCGAAAUUGCACAGAACGAAGCGAUACAGGUGAUGGAACUGAGCCAGAAGCGCAAAUCACUGUACGUCGCUACCGACUAUCGGAUCAAGCAGAUCGAUCUGGCCAUGUGCAACCGGCGGUAUGACAAUUGCUUCCGGUGUGUGAAGGAUCCGUACUGCGGAUGGGAUAAGGAUACGAGCACCUGCAAACCGUACGAACCGGGACUACUUCAGGACGUGGGUAACGAAACGUACGACAUCUGUGACACGAGUGUGUUGAAGAAGAAAAUCAUCGUUACCUAUGGUCAGAGCGUCCAUCUCGGUUGUUUCGUGAAGAUCCCCGAGAUACUAAAGGACCAAACCGUCACAUGGUAUCACCACUCGAAGGAGAAGGGACGCUACGAGAUAAAGUACAACCCGACCAAAUAUAUCGAGACGACCGAACGAGGUCUGGUGGUAAUUUCGGUCAACGAAGCCGACGGUGGACGGUACGAUUGCCAUCUGGGAGGAUCGCUGCUAUGCAGCUACAACAUCACCGUCGAUGCGCAUCGAUGCACACCGCCGAAUAAAACGAACGAUUAUCAGAAAAUCUACUCGGACUGGUGUCACGAGUUCGAGAAGUACAAAUCGGCUAUGAAAACUUGGGAGAAAAAGCAAGCACAAUGUUCUCGGCAGAACUACAGCAAUCAACAUCCCAACGACGUUUUUGCACGAACGCCUAACGUCUGA